UAUCUCCUAGAGAGAGAAAACAAAAACAACAGAGUUUUAGAGAGAGAAAACAAUUUAGAGAGAGAGAAAAAACUCAAAUAACACCAUCAUCCUCUUGCUCCCCUCCAAAAAAAACACAAAAACCCAGAAAUUUAGGGUUUUUGAAUACAAAUCACACAGAACUUAAAAUUAGGGUUUGCGAUUUUCUAAUUUCUGGAAAAAAAGGGGGAAUUUUUUGAAUUAAAUUUUGUUAAAAUUUUAAUUUAUGAGAGUAUUUUUUUUGUAGUUUAAAUUUGUCAGCAAAUUAGUUAAUAGUUGAAUGGACGAGAUCUGGGAGAGGGCGGUGGAAACGGCGCUAGACGGCCAAACUGAUAACGGUUCAACGAAAAGCCUAACCCUAGACGGUGCUGUUAAGUGUCUUCACGGCCGUUUACCAGCACCGUCAGUUCUAGAGAAGUUCCAGAACCUUCAGCAUCUUUCUCUUGCUAGUAUAGGUGUGUCAUCGCUUGAGCAGUUUCCUCGUCUUGGAAGUCUCCAGAAGCUGAUACUAUCGGAUAAUCGAAUCGCUUCGGGUCUGGAGUAUUUAGUCGGGUCGGGUCUUGAUUCGCUUCGAGACCUUGAUUUGUCGAAUAAUCGCAUUCAGUAUAUUGAGGAUCUUGCGCCAUUAGCUCAGUUGAAGCUGGUGUCGCUUGAUUUGUAUGAGUGUCCUGUUACUAGGAUUAAGGAUUAUAGGGCUAGGGUUUUUGGGUUGAUUAAGUCGUUGAAGUAUUUGGAUAAGAUGGAUGCAGAGGAGAAUGAGCGGCUUGAGAGUGAUGAUGAGGAAGAGGAGGAAGAAGAUGAGGAGGAAGAGGAUGAUCCUGGGAGUGGGGAAGUUGAUGGGGAUGGAGAUGGGGACGGCGUCGGUACGAGUUAUACGGUGGCGAAUGGGCAUAGUAGCGGCGGCGAUGGGAUUGUUGAUGUGGAUGAGCAUGAGGAAAGCGACGCCGACGAGGAGGAGGCGGAGAUGGAGGUGGCGAGGAGAGAGAAUGGUGGUGGGGGGUUGUUGCAUCAUGGUAUAGAGAAUGGGUUUAGAGUAGAGGCGGCUGGGGAGGUGGAUGGUGGUGAUGACGACGAUGAUGAUGGUGAGGGUGAGGAUGAAGAAGAUGUGGAGGAGAUUGAUGAGGAUGAUGCAGAGGAGGAGGAAGAUGUGGUUGAGGUUCAUGAUAUUGUAGAUAGUGAUGAUGAUGAUGUUGAUGAGGAGUUUGAAGAAGAUGAUGACGAUGACGACGACGAUGAUGAUGAAGAGGAUGAAGUUGAGGAGGUGGAUAAUGAUGAGGUUAAUGUUGUUGAGCCAGAGAGUACUACUGGUAGAUUGAUUAGCACAGAUGGAGAGAUUGAUGCCCAUGAACAAGGGGAAGAUGAGGAUGAUGAAGAUGAUAAUGGUGAGACUGGAGAAGAGGAGUUGGAUGUUGAAGAUGAAGGAGAUUCAGAUUCAGAUGAUGAUGAUGAUGAUGAUGAGGGUGAGGAUGAGGAAGAAGAAGAAGAGGGAGAAGAAGGCUACUUGGUUCAACGAGUUAGACAGCCAAUAUUAGAAGAAGAUGCAGAAAACAGUGACGUGGAAGCCAUCAACGAGGGAGAUGAUGAUGAUGAAGCUGUUGAAGGCGAAGAAGUUGAAGAUGACGAAGAUGAUCUUGGAGAAGGGCAAGUCAUGGCACCACCAUCUUCUUCUGAAACAACAACAAAGAGAAAGAGAGAUGAUAAUGAUGACGACGCUGUUAUCAACAACGACGAUGAUGAUGAUUCCGAUUCUGAUUCUGAUGAUGCAGAAAGGAGGCCAUCCUCGAAGAAACGUCCAUGAAAAAAAGGGGAAAAAAAAAGAUUUUGCUGGUAGGUUCGUUCAUGGUGAUUGAGAACCUUAAAAUGUAUAUGUCAAUUGGUAGGCAGAAGUUUUAAACAGAGGUUUUUAGACUAUUUUCGUUGGAAAAACAGAGUAUAUUUUAGGAGGGAAAACUCAGAAAAACUAUCUGGUUCUUUUUUUCGAAAUGGAUGUUUAAAAAGUGGUUAGUAAUGGGUUCUUUGCCCCCCUUUUCCCUUCAAUGAAAUAGCCGUUAGUUUGGGUUA